AUGGCCGCCCAACGACAAGCCUCAUCUGCUUCGCAGACCCCUCAUUUCUCUCCUGCCGAACUCUCCUACCUCUACACAUCACUCUCGCUCCCUGGCACACCGAUCCGGCCAGAUGGCCGCUCACCAACGCAAUUCCGCCCUCUCACAGCAGAAACAGAUAUCCUGCCCGGCACGAAUGGCAGCGCACGGGUCGGGUUCGCAGAUGGCACACAGGCUAUUGUGGGCGUUAAGGCUGAGGUUGAGAAGACUAUUCUCGGUGUUCAAGCGCAACAGCUGGAGGAUGCGGAGGGGUUUGGCGAGGCCGGCUCAGACGGCGAGGGUGGCGCCGGCCGGGGUUCCUCGUCUGGCCAUGGAUCGUGGGUACAGAUGGCCAUUGAGAUUCCUGGCUUUCGAGAUGAUGAUGCCUUACCUGUUUUCUUGUCUGAAAUGAUGAGGGAGCCACUGGUAGAAUCUGUCUCGGGCGGGGAGAAGGGUGGUGCUGAGGAGAUGGUUGGCGGGUUGAAGGGACGGCUUGUGAUAAAUCGGAGGUGGCAUUGGAGGCUGUAUAUUGAUGUCCUGCUCCUUUCACAACCAUUGUCCUACCCCCUCCCCCUUCUAUCUCUUACAACCUACCUCGCCCUCCUCGCAACAAAGCUGCCAAAGCUAAAAUCAAAAGGCGAAGAAGACCCUUUUUUCGACGAUGACUGGAACGCUGCCGAAUACUUAUACCCCCGUGUCAAACCCGCAAGAACCACCAUUCCGAGCUCAAUAUCCGUGCAUAAAGUCCGACCUCCCGUUACGCUGCUCGUCAUUUCCGUGGCAGAGAACAUAAUUUUCGACCCAAGCCGUGAAGAGAUUGCUGUGGCGGAUGCAGUGCUCGCAAUUUCAGUAGCACAUGACACUGACUCGGGCCCGCUGAAACUGCUCUCAAUCCGCACGAUCGAUCCUCCGUCGAGGCUUACGCAGCCGGGAAUUCCGAACUCGGAGAAUAUCGCGACAGUAGGGUCUACGGCUGCGGCUGAGGAGUCACUGAUCAUCAAUCCUUCCACUGGAGAGGAGGAGGUACCAGGUGUGUGGAGGCCGCGGCGCGGUGGUGUAAAGAGGGCGACGAUCGCCAAGAUGGUUAAGAUGGUUUUGGAGAAGGGAGGAGUUGGCGAGGAGGUUCUUGAGGGGCUGGAAGGGGUUGAAGUUGGAUGA